AGCAGCCACAGGCAGCCACACCAUACUUAGAGAUAAUGCAUUAUCCUUUCCACGACACGAAACCGGCCACAAGCAGCUCCAGUUUCUUUACCAUACAUUUUACGCUACGCUACGACACCACCAACUCCCCAACUCCAUUCCCACAUUCUCUUUCUUACUUUUUCCCAUUUUUUUUAAACUUCCACGCAUUUCCUACCUACAACCAUAUACUUCCAUUUGGGUCUUGGGAUACACCUCUCGCUUCCACUGUUUCAAUGUGUUCUUCCAAUAUUACAUCAUUUCCAACUCUGCAGGAACUGAAUCUCAAAUAUAAGCCUUCCCAUUUGCGGGAAUGUUGAAAUUAGCGUCCCAUUCACACUUACGCUUUGUGGGUUUAAUCCCAUUUUGCGUCUUCUUCACACUUGAGGGUAUGUUGGAUUAUACGCGUAUCGAUUGGUUAUGUUCAGUUGGGAAUCCAGAAUGGGCUAAGAUUCAUACCAAAGGGUGUCUUGUACAAGACAUUGAGAAACAUGGCUACUACCCAAUUAAAAAAUGGUGAUGAUUUCAGAUACCUUGUUGUGCGGCCGGGGAAGGGUGGAAUCAGGGACGUUUUCCGGUGCUGGGUUUGGCCGGAUGGCGACGGUGGACGGAGAUUUUUCGAGAGCUCAGAGGAGGGUGUUUUUGAUGCGAAGGUUUCGGGAAGCAGGUGGAUCAUUGUAGUAUCAGUUCUGAUUCGAAAAGUUAUAGCGAUUUUGGGGAAACCAUUGGAGUGGACUGGCAAUGUGGUGGAAUUCACUCUCAAUCUUCUGUCUAUGAAUGCCAAUCUUCUAGGAUUGCUCUGCAAUAUUGUACGCGGAGAAGUGGUAGUGCCAAGGAGGGGCACUGAGACUUUUAUCAGCACCGUUGGUCUUUUAGAUGGGCGAAUGGAUCUAUUAAAUGAAGAAAAACUGCUUAAAGGAACUACUGAUUUUGUUUCUGAAGAAAGAGGCUUAGGACUUGAAAUGGGCAAUCGGUAUCUAGUGGACCUUUGCGUCAUGGCUUCAAAAUUAUCCUACGAGAACGAAAAGGUCAUUCAAAAUAUUGUGCUUCGCUAUUGGAAGAUGCAUUUUGUGGGCUUCUACAAUUGCUGGAAUGAUUUUCAAAAGGACAACUGUACUCAGGUGUUCAUAUUGUGUAAUAAGCCUAAAGACGCGAAUUUGAUAUUGAUCAGCUUCAGAGGCACUGAACCCUUUGAUGCAGAUGACUGGAGCACAGAUUUUGACUACUCUUGGUACGAGAUCCCAGAAGUCGGGAAAAUUCACAUAGGAUUCUUAGAGGCUCUUGGUUUGGGCAACAGAAAUGACACCAAUAGCUUCAAUGGUCACCUUCAGGCAAAAACCAGUAUUAGCUCCAUUGCUUCAGAUGUUUCCCAUGGUAGCACAAGUCCAUUUGGGCAUACCAAAUCAACAAUCUCAAACCUUGAUCAAAACAUUGAACAUUUUGAUGAAGUUACACCAGAAGUGGAGCAGUUGACUGCAUAUUAUACGGUGAAACUUCAACUCAGGAGAUUACUUAUGGAGCAUAGAAAUGCAAAGUUUGUGGUCACUGGUCAUAGUUUAGGCGGAGCACUUGCAAUAUUAUUCCCUACAGUUCUCGUGCUGCACAAGGAAAUGGAAAUAAUGGGUAGGCUAUUGGGUGUAUAUACAUUUGGGCAGCCCAGGGUCGGGAACAAGCAACUGGGGCAGUUCAUGGAGCCCUAUUUGGUAAAUCCCAUUCCAAGGUACUUCAGGGUUGUAUACUGCAAUGACAUUGUACCAAGGUUGCCUUACGACAAUAAAGCUUUUUUAUUUAAGCAUUUUGGAGUUUGUCUAUACUACGACAGCCUAUUCAUUGAACAUAAAGUAGAUGAGGAACCGAACAAGAAUUUCCUCGGGAUUAGAUACCUGAUACCAGAAUAUCUCAAUGCUUUGUGGGAGCUGCUCAGAAGCUUGCUGAUGGGCUACACACAUGGACCUGAGUACAAGGAGGGAUGGUUUUGCAUAUUGGUAAGGGUGAUAGGACUGGCAUUUCCUGGUAUUUCUGCUCAUUGCCUCACAAAUUAUAUUGAUUCUGUGAGGCUUGGAAAGAAGAGCCAAUCCCUUUGAAGAUUCCAACGAUUGUUCACUUGGCAAGGCAAGGGCAAGCUAAUUCCGUUCCUCCACGUGCUAUAGCUUCUUCCAAUUAGGGAUGUUUUAAGGUUAGCAGUUUCUGACCCAGACACGUUUUAUAAGUAGGAUAAUUGUUUGUCAAUAUAUAGUGGAAAGAAUGUUAUUCUAGAGGUUGUCUUAUUCCUAAUUACCUACCCUGUGUUACUGUAGUUGAAAGAACAAUACUAAUCUUGAUUACCAAA